AUGGAAGAUGUUAACAUUGCCUUAUUAUGCAAACUUGGCUGGUCUCUCGAAACUAAUGUCAAUCUGGCAUGGGUUCGUGCGUGGAAUAAAGUGGUCAUAGAAAGAUUAUUUGAUAGAGACUCUGUUGAUAAAAUCCUGAACCUAUUUUGGAUGGACAAUACUCAAGAUGACUCGGUAAUAUGGAUGGGAUCCCACUCAGGAAAGUUCCAAGUUAAAUCAACUUAUAAAUUCAUCAAUCCAGUUCCUGGGGAACUUUCUAAAUGGUGGACUUUUCUGUGGAAGAGCAAUAUUCAUGACAUAUUGAAGUUCUUUAUGUGGAAAUUGGCCUCAAAGGGCCUUCCCUUACGUGAAACCUUAAAAAGACGUAAUUGGGGGGUCAGUGAUGUUAGGUGCCCGUUUGGCUGUGAGCAUGUAGAAGAUGAAGUGCAUCUAUUUCUACAUUGUUCAGUCACCAGGGCAUUUUGGUUGGCGUCGCCUUGGAGUAUCAAAUUGGAAAAUCACCCAGUCGACGAUUUAGAUGCUCUCCUCAAUAUUUUGAUUGAUCUGUCUGCUGCCUUACUAGUUCAUACUGAAGACAGCACUAUUUUCUUUCUUUUUGUUGCUCUUACAUUUGAUUCAUCAUGGAAGCUGCAGAAUAGCUUUCUUUUCGAAGGGAAAAAGCCAAUUCUAGAGGAAGAAGUCAGGGUUUUGUUUAAAAGGUUUGCUGAACAUAAGAAGGUUCUAUCAUUAAACCCUACACAUAGCCCUAUCCCAAGAGAAAUGGCAUUAACUGCGUGGAGUCCUCCCCUGCUUGAAUUCAUUAAGAUUAAUUGUGAUGCUUCUAUUAAGGGAGGUUUCUACGGGUAUUGGAGCAGUCAUGAGGAACCACAAGGGCAAAACAAUUAUGAUUAA